AUGGAUUAUGAUACCGCAAAAGCAAUUGGGUCGAAGUCCUAUAAUACUCUUAUGGGGGAGCUUGUUGCCCUUGAAACAAGAUAUAUGGACAGGGAACAAAAAUUGAAUCCUGAAGAAGAUUCUGUAGAUUUUGCUGCUGCAACAGCUGCUACCCUUGGAGUUCCAUCUCCAUGCCUUUCGAGAGGUAAAUCUUUUGAUGAGUCUCCAUGUGCCAUCUCUGAGGAUCAAAAAGUGAGAAAAGGAGAUAUGGAGGAAGAAGCAGAGCUGAUGAGAGUCUUGAAAUUAUCAGAGUCUGAAUUGCAACCUUCAGUGAAUGAUUCACCUGUAAUGAGUGUGAAUAUACGACACACACCUAUCAGUUCAAAGGACGGUGAAAAUCUGAAUAAGACUGAAACUUCAACUCUUGCAGAAACAUUGGAGGGGCAUGGUGAUGCUGAAAGUCAAAAGUCUUAUUAUCAGGAAACUCCAUCUUCCUGUGAUUGCAUCACCUUCAGCAAUUCCUGUAUUGAGGUUUUGACUCCUGCAACAGUUGCAAGGGAAACUGACUGUUCAAACAAAGAUAAGAAAUUCCCCAUCAUUCAAUCAACUACUAAAGAAUUGAAAAAAAUAUAA